CAACAACACAACUCUCCUUUACAACUGCUGAUUUCCCAGGGUGGGAAACCCAUAAACUGAUUUCCGUACCCUCAAUUUUCCCUCUCCAACCACCAGCAAAUCAGUCAAAACGGAGCUCGUGAGGUCCUCUACGCGUGCCUCAAACUGACCCCUCCGAGGAGCCGUAGGUGUGACGUCAUAGUAGCGCGACGAUAGGAAGUAAGCUUCUGGGCUUCUCUGGCUCAGUCAGUCCCGAGCUCCAGAGCCUGCCAGGACUGCGUCCGUAGCUGCAGAGUCUGGCAGGCUUGCGAUCUGUCCCUUCUUUUCCUUGCUGCUAUGGAUAAUGCCUGCGAGUCGCCCACGGGAAAAGAUGGGGAGACAGGGGAGUCAGAAGAAACGGCUGCUGCUCCCGGGGGCCCCGGGGCCACGGAUACAGACGGAAUCCCGGAGGAAACUGAUGGGGACGGAGAUGCGGAUUUGAAAGAAGCCGCGGCCGAGGAAGGCGAGCUCAAGAGUCAGGACAUCUCAGAUUUAACAGCAGUUGAAAGGGAAGACUCCUCUUUACUUACUCCUGCAGCCAAAAAAAUGAAAAUAGAUACCAAAGAAAAGAAAGAGAAGAAGCAAAAGGUGGAUGAAGAUGAGAUUCAAAAGAUGCAGAUCCUGGUUUCUUCUUUUUCUGAGGAACAACUGAACCGUUAUGAAAUGUACCGCCGGUCCGCGUUCCCUAAGGCAGCCAUUAAAAGGCUGAUCCAGUCGAUCACUGGCACCUCUGUGUCUCAGAAUGUUGUUAUUGCUAUGUCCGGCAUUUCCAAGGUUUUCGUCGGGGAGGUGGUGGAAGAAGCACUGGAUGUGUGUGAGAAGUGGGGAGAGAUGCCACCACUACAACCCAAACAUAUGCGGGAGGCUGUUCGGAGGUUAAAGUCGAAGGGGCAGAUCCCCAACUCAAAGCACAAAAAAAUCAUCUUCUUCUAGACGAAGCCUAGAAGAGGCUGGUACUGAAGGAAGAAGUGCCGGUUCCAGACUUCCUACUGCAUGAGACUUUUGCACAGGUGCUUUAGUGCCUCACCCCUCCAAGGGUUCCAUGAUGAUUUUAAUGUCUCUCUCAGAACUCUGAUAUUCAUCACAUCUGAAAGGCAUGCAGCCUGUUUCAUACUUGCCUUGACUAAAUAUUGGCACCUCUUCGGACAUUCUGAGGUAUUUAACUGUUUCUUGGCUAGUUGGAAGAAGAAAGGUACAUGGGCCUCAAGCAUCUUCCAGACAGGGAAGCUGCUUUCAGAGAGAAAAUCUUUCCAAGAAAGCUUUGGUGGUUUCACAUUGAAGCAUGAAACUGCUAUGAGUUAGGUUGUUUCUUCCAUCUGGUUUUAAGUAGAUGAACCAACCAGGCUUGGACUUGAUCAACAACUUGGACUUGUGAUACUCUACCAUGAAGAACAGUGAUAGGAGGAGGAGUGGAAAAGUUUAUCCCUGUAAACAUGUAAAGUUCUCCUAUGGAUCUUGGUGAGUGAUCAUUAAACUGUUUUCCAACUUGC